AUCUCGGGCCCAGGUUUCGAUCAGACUUGCCCGCGAGCUGGUUUCGAUUAGGCGGCUGGGCGGGAGGUAGGGCGGAGCGGCCGGGACGCGGGGAGCGAACUAGGGACGGGUAGCGGAGCGCAGACGGCCCCGCGCCGGAGACAAAGAGCGGCCGGAGGAGAGCCGGGCGCAGGACUCCGGGCGUGGCGGCGACGAGCGUGCGGACUUCAGGGAGCCGGAGCCUGGAGCGCUCUCCGGGGGCGCAAGGGCUCGAGAUAGCAAGCCGGCGGCGGAGGCGGAGGCGGAGGCGGAGGAGUGGGCAGGUGCGCCGUCCAGGAUGAGGACGCCAGUGGUGAUGAUUCUGGGCAUGGUGCUCGCACCCUGCGGGCUGCUACUCACCCUGACCGGCACGCUGACGCCCGGCUGGAGACUGGUGAAGGGCUUCCUUGACCAGCCGGUGGACGUGGUGCUGUACCAGGGCCUGUGGGACAUGUGCCGCGAGCAGAGCAGCAGCGAGCGCCAGUGCGGUCAGCCAGACGACUUGGGCUACUUCGCCGCCGAGCCCGUGCGGGUGGCGCGGGGACUCAUGAUCGCGUCGCUGGCCGCCACGGCCCUGGGGCUACUGCUGGCGACGGUCGGCGUGCGCUGCUGGCAGGACGAGCCCCACUUCGCGCUGGCCGGCCUCUCCGGCGUCGUGCUUUUCGCCGCGGGCCUCUUGAGCCUCAUCCCAGUCUCCUGGUACAACCACUUCUUGGCGGAUCGCGCCGUCCUGCCCGCCCAGUCCAGCCCGGUCACCGUGCAGGUCGGCUACAGCCUGGUGCUGGGCUACCUGGGCAGCUGCCUGCUGCUGCUGGGCGGCUUCUCGCUGGCGCUCAGCUUUGCGCCUUGGUGCGCCGAGCGCUGUCGCAGCUGCCGGAAGGCGCCCCCAGGCAGGGCGCGCCGCAGCAGCAUCAGCACCGUGUACAUCGACUGGCCGGAGCCCGCGCUCACGCCGGCCAUCAAGUACUACAGCGACGGCCAGCACCGGCCGCGGCCCGUCCAGCUCGGCGCCGCCAGCCAGCGCAAGGCCGGCUUCCCGAUGCCCCGGCCGCCGCCCAAGGCCUACAGCAACCCGGUGGAAGUGCUCGAUGGGGAGAAGGCUCCCGAAUCCCACCACGGCGUGUCCUCCCGCAGCACCCGGUCAUGCGGCAGCGCGCUGCCCUGCGACUCCGACCUGUAGGCGGCGCCCCCAGCCUGCUCUGGCCGGGCCCUGUCUGGAUGAGGGACUCGCCCCACCACGGUCCAACCUUGAACUUGGCUGUUACCUUUCAGCUGGAAACACCUGGCUCGGAGUCGGACCCCCGGACACAUUCCUGUAACUGGUUUGGAGGGCGAUCUUCCUUUCCUAGCCAAACUCGACUCCUUGGACGAUUAGUUCAGGUUGGGUUUGGUUUUCUUUUUACAGAGUUUAGUGUUUCUCCCCCGAGGGAUCAGGGCCCUCUUCUGGACGACAGCCUUUUCAUACUUUUAGCUGGAGACAUAGGAAGAGUGACUUUGCAUCCUGCUGAUAAUAACAAUGUCAGAAUCAGCAAAUGGAGGCUCAAAACCGAUUGAACAUCUCCAAACAACAUUCUGAAAUGCUGAUGAACCUUGCAUCAAUAUAAUUAUCAUUAAUUUAUUUUCUGCUGCAUAAUUCAUUUUCACACAAACUGUCAAGAGACCAGUACCUUUCUGGUUAUAUUUGAAUGGGGCUGUUAAAAUAAACAUAGAGCCAUGCAAA